ACUAAAGCUGCUCCAACCACAACCACAGCUGCACCCACAACGACUACACCCACCAAAACUACUGCUGCACCCACAACAACUACAGUUGCACCCACCACAACUACAGCUGCUCCAACAACGACAUCUUCACUCAUCACUACUAUAGCUGCUAGAACAAAAACUACAGCUGCUCCAACCACGACUAUCACUCCUCCUACCACAACUUCGACUCCUUUGACCACUAUAGCUGCUCCAUCUACAACUACAAAUACUCCAACCACUAGUACAGCUUUGCCAACCACAAUAGCUGCUCCAAGCACAACUACAACAGUUCAAACAAAAUCUACAGCCUCUCCAACAAUAAAUACAGCUGUUCUGACGACAACUACAGCUGCUCCAACCACAACUAUCACUUCUCCGGCCCCAACUUCAGCUCCCUUGACCACUAUAACAGCUCCAACUACAACUACAGGUUCUCCAACCACUAGUACAGCUUUGCCAGCCACAACAAUGGCUGCUCCAAGCACAACUACAACUGUUCUAACCACAGCUACAGUUGCUCCAACCACAAGUUCAAUUUCUUCACCCAUAUCUACAGCUGCUCCAACAACAACAACAACAACUGCUCCCACCACAACUAUAGCUGCUCCCACAACUACAGAUGCAUCAACCUCAGUACCAGCUGCUCUGUCUUCUACUAUAGCUGUUCAAACCACAGCUAAAGCUGCUCCCACAACAAUAACAACUGCUCUGCCCACAACUAUGUCUACUCUGACUUCAACGAUAGCUUCUCCAACAAUAACUACAGAUGCUCCGGAUACAACAACAGAUGCUCCAACCUCAACUAUCACUCCUCCAACCACAACGUCAGCUCCUUUGACCACUAUGGCUUCUCAAUCUACAACUGCAGGUGCUCCAACCACUACUACAGGGACUCCAACCACUAAUACAGCUUUGCCAACGACAACAAUGGCUGCUCAGAGCACAACUACAACAUUUCUAACCACAGCUUCGGCUGCUCCAACAAUAACUACAGCUGCUCUGACCACUACUAUAGCUGUUCUGACUACAGCUAUAACUCCUCCAACCACACCUACCACGGCUCAAACCACAGCUACCGAUGCUCCAACCACAACAAUAACUGCUCUGACUACAGCUAUAACUCCUCCAACCACACCUACCACGGCUCAAACCACAGCUACCGUUGCUCAAACCACAACUACAGAUGCUCUGAGCACAACUACAGCCUUCUCAACCACAUCUACAGCUGCCCCUACCACUGCUGUUCCUGCUCUUACCAUGACAUCAGAUGCUCAAUCCACAACUACAGCCAGUGCAACCACAAUAACCACCAUAGGCAACCCAUCCUCAACCGCAGCUGCUUCACCUAAAACACCAUCUCUUCCAAAGACAACCAUCAAUACUCUUACCACUUCCACAACUGCUCCAACCACAGCCUUAGGUACUCCAUCCACAACCACAGAUACUCCAACAUCAGUUUUACCUGCUUUAACAACAACCACAUUUGCUUCAACUACACCUUCUCCAACGACAACUGUAACUGGUCCUGCAAUAGCUACAGCUGCUACAAUCACAACGAUUACUGCUCCAACUGCAGCUGUUUCAAAAACAACUACAACUGCACCAACAAUUCCAGCUGCUACUCCAGUGUCAACCAAAGCUGCAGAAACCACAACUGUAAAUGUUCCCACAAGAACCACUUCAGCUCCAUUCAUAACCACAGCUACUCCAACCACAAGAACUCCAUCCCCAUCCAACGGUGCGCCAACCACAAUUAUGACUGCUCCAACAACCAGACCUAUUUCAGUUCAAACCACAAGUUCUCCUGCCUUAACUAUAGGCACUCAAUCCACAAAAAUAUCUCCUCAAACCAUGUCAAUUACUGCCCCAACAAUAACAACAAGUAUAACUAAGCAAACAACAACCACAUCUGCUGCAACUACCACCAUGGCUGCUCCAGCAACAAGCAUAGCUGCUGCAACUACAAUUAUAACUGCUCCAACAACUUCUACAAUCAAUCCUACUCCUUCAUUCACCUCAGCUUCUCCAUCCAAAACCACAGAUUCUCCAAGCACAACUAGAGCUGUUCAAACCACACCCUCUGAUCGUUUAACCACAAGUAGAACUGCUUCCAAAACAUCAGCUCUGCCGACACCAACUCCUACAUCCCCAAACAAAACCACAGCUAAACAGAUAAACACCACUACAGAGGCAACUACUGUACAAUCUACAACCGAAGCUCCUCCUCUAGCAUUUGUUCUUGGAGUAAUUGUCUUUGAACCAUUUGUUGAACAACUCAAAGAUAAAAACAGCAAGGAAUUUAAGGAUCUUGAGAAAAGAGUUACAGAAGCAUUCAACAUAAUAUACAGGAAAAGGUUUGGAGCCAUUUUCAUCGGUAGUUUUGUCCUUGAAUUUAAGAAUCCAAGGAAUCCAAUGGUCCGAGCACAAAUGAAUGAAACUACUAUAGCAGAGGUGGGGGUGGAGUUUAAUAGAACCACACCACUUGAAAAACUCCCAAGCAAUGAAGUUGUACAAGAAACCUUAAUACAGGCUAUAAACGCCACCACCUACAGCGUCGCAUUUUCACCGAGCUCUGUCGAAAUAAUACGCACACCUUUACCAACAACUGCCCCUACUUCAAAUUCUACGGUUACUGCAGUCACUGCAGCUGCAAAUGCUACAACUAAUACUUCAACAACUACAACAAAUGCGGCUAAACCAACCACAACUUCCACAACGACUACAACUACAACUACUGUAGUUAAACCAACAACCAAAACAACUGCGGAGACGUUGAUAACAAAGCUACUGACUUUUAGGUCUGCCGGGGAGACCUUCACAGCUGAUUUGCUCAACCCAUUAUCUACAGCAUUUAAAAAUCGAGCAGCACUUUUAAAGUCCAAACUCGAACCACUCUAUCGGCAGGCGUUUUCAUCAUUACGUGAUUUUGUUGUGAUUUCUUUCAACAACGGGUCAAUCAUCAACAACAUUAACCUUCAGUUUGUAUUAGCAUCAGCUCCUAAUAACACCCAGAUUUUAGAGGUUUUGGUCAAUGCAGCUUCAAACAUCACGGCUUUCAACAUUGACACCAGUUACAUUUUUGUGGAUGGCGCACCGAUGUCAAGUGGAGUAAGCCACAAGAUCAGCCUCAUCACUGCAUUCAGCAUGGUCCUGUUGUCAUGGCUACUGUCAAGCCAGCAAUAACGUCUCUGCUGGUUUCCAGAGGAAAAUCUGCAGGAAUAAAUCAACUAUUUGUGGAAUGAACCAAGAAGUUUCUCUAAUUACAAACUCGUGAAUUUAAAACUUUUAUUAAAUCUUGAUGCUGUAAAAAAAAGUUUGUUCAAUGAAAUGUCAAAAUGUCUAUUUAAGUUUGUUCAUCUCAGGUCUGUGUGAUGUGUUUACAUGAACCUAAUUAGGAUGCUAAAGUAAUAUAAUUUAUAAUUUAAGGUGACAUGAAGCUAUUUUUAAAUGAUUAUUUAAUUUGGUGAGUAUGUAUGCAAUCUUCAAGAUUUCUCUCUUAAUGAGUAUUGUAAAGUAGUCCAAAUAUAAACUGUGUGAACAAUUCUCUCCACAAUUGUCCAGGUUUUCUUUUUUCUGUUUAAUGUAUUUUAAUGUAUUUAUAACAAAGAUGUCUUUUAGUCAGUGUUCUGUAAAGUGUUAUACCUUUUUUCUGUCUUACUAUUAAUAUAAUAAAGAUUAAUGAUGAAACACUUUA